AUGCUACCCUCACUGAUAAUCACUGUCAUUCUCAUGACUAAUCAACUCCACUAAGGCACUAACUCACCACUAAUCUUGCAAACUUCGUAUCUCACUUGGCUUUGCAUGCUUGUCACCAUCUUCAGAGCUGUUCAUUCUGAUCACCUGCUGCCACCUGAAGAUUGGAACAAGAACAACAUCUGCUUCUUAGUAGUUGUUUCGAUCAUAUUAUACGCUGUUAAUCUUGGUGAUUUUUAUUUUGUAGAGAAUUUCGUACGACAGAGAUCGUUCUGUCCUCAUCGGCGGCGGCGGGCGACGCGCCAUGGCGAGCGGUGGCGACGACGCGGCAGCGCCGCUCCUCGCCUCGAAGCACGGCGGCGAGCCUCGCCGGAACACGUUCGCGUUCGCCUGCGCCACGCUCGCCUCCAUGACCACCAUCCUCAUGGGCUACAAUCUCGCGCUGAUGAGCGGAGCCGAGCUGUUCAUCCGGGAGGACCUGGGGCUCGCCGACGAGCAGGUGGAGGUGCUGUCCGGGUCGAUGAACGUGUUCAUGCUCGCGUCCAUCCUCGCCGCCGGCACGGUGGCGGACGCCGCCGGCCGCCGCGGCACGCUCGUGCUGGCGAACGCGCUGCUCAUGGCCGGCGCGCUCGCCAUGUCGCUGGGCGGCAGCUACGCGGCGCUCAUGGCGGCGCGCUUCGUCACCAGCGUCGGCGUCGGGUUCGCCGUCGUCGUGGCGCCGGUGUACGCCGUCGAGAUCUCCCCGGCGUCCUCGCGCGGGGUGCUGUCCUCCCUGCCGGAGAUAUUCAUCAACGCCGGGAUCCUCCUCAGCUACGUCUCCAACUACGCCCUCGCCGGCCUCCCGCUGCGCCUCGGCUGGCGCGUCAUGUUCGCCGCGGGCGUCGUGCCGCCCGUGUUCCUCGCCGCGGGCGUGCUCGCCAUGCCGGAGUCGCCCCGGUGGCUCGCCAUGCGCGGGCGCGACGCCGAGGCGCGCGCCGUGCUCGCGCGCACCUCGGAUACCCCCGCGGAGGCGGACCUCCGCCUCGAGGAGAUCACGCGGGCCGUCGCGGCGCAGGCCGGCGUGGCCGGCGGCGUCUGGAGGCAGCUGCUCGUCCGGCCAACGCCGACGGUGCGGCGGAUCAUGACCAACGUGCUGUCCCUCCACUUCUUCCAGCAAGCGUCCGGCAUCGACGUCAUCGUGCUCUACAGCCCGCUGGUGUUCAAGCAGGCCGGCAUGGCGUCGAACACCUCCGUGCUGGCCGCCACCGUCGCCGUGGGCGUCGUCAAGACGUGCUCCAUCCUCGUCGCCACGCUCCUCUCCGACCGCGUCGGCCGCCGCCCGCUGCUGCUGUGGAGCGCGGCGGGGAUGGCCGUGGCGCUGGCCUCGCUGGCGCUGACGCUCUGCGUCGGCGCCGGCGCGCCGUCCCCGGCGCGCGCGGCGGCGGGCGUGGCGUCGGCGGCGGCGUACGUGGCGGCGUUCUCGGUGGGGCUCGGGCCGCUGGCGCCGUCGUACGGCAGCGAGAUCAUGCCGCUGUGGCUGCGGGCGCAGGGCGCGGGCGUCGGCGUGGCGGUGAACCGGGUGACGUGCGGCGUGCUGAGCAUGACGUUCAUCUCGGUCGCCGGCGGCAUCACCAUGGCCGGGUGCUUCUUCGUGUACGCUGGCGCGGCGGUGGCGGCGUGGGUGUUCGUGUACGUGCGGCUGCCGGAGACGAGGGGCCGGAGCUUGGAGGACAUGGACGUGCUCUUCACCAAGUGAAGAUGGCUUUAUUUGGGCGAUCUCGGCCGUGUUUCUUUCUUGGCCUAGCGGCCGGUCCGGUGCUAGCCUUUUCCUAGUUCUAUGCGUUGGCGCUGUCGAUGUGUGGGUAAUGAUAUAUUUUUUUUCCUAGUUACGACCUUUCAAUUUUUUCUCCCUCUAUCAAUAGAAUUUCGCACUGUCUUAUGUGAGUCAUUAAAAAAAUAAAGAUGGCUUUAUUUGUGGUAUUAUUGGUUGUGUUGCUACGAUUGUCCGCAGUUCUAACUUGAAAGAGAUGAAGAAAUCAUUUCUAGGCAGUAGAAGGACAAAAUGGAAAUGUUAAGCUUGGAAAUAUUAAUGUAAUAAUCUCCAUGAUGGUAGACUCAGAAGUACUUUCUUGAA